ACACACAUCGUAAAUAGCCAUAAAAAGGCUGGCAGUUUCAAGGAGCACAAACAGAAUCUCGCAAGAACCGUAAAGACACACGACUGUACUGCAGACAAGUGAAGUGGACGACAGAGAUGCUGCUGUCAAGUAUCGCUACGCGUUCCGGGCUCCUGCUGCUGCUUCUCGAAAGCGUUCGCAUCGGCUGCCUACCCCUAACUGGCGAGAGUUUGGUUGUAAAGCCAGACGACUUAAAGGACCUGCUAAUGCGCCUUGAAAGCGCACUAUCCCACAAUAACGCAGAAAAUGCUGAAAAAAUUGCAGAGAACCGGGAAUUCUCGGAACCAACCAUGGAAUUAAAUAUUGAGGGCGACCAGGACAGUACUGAGGAACCACGUGCUCUCGGGCACCCCACAGACGAAGGCUUGGCCAGGCACUUUUCACUUAGGAAUAUCAACAGCUUCCGAAUAGUGCCCAAGAACACAAAGAGGUACUCAGGGUGCUUUGGGAUGAAAAUCGAAAGAAUCGGAUCCUUAAGCAAUCUUGGAUGCAACAGCGGUUCACGGUUUGGUUUGAAGAGAAGCUGAGAGCUUUCACCAGACAAAUAUACCAAUUGAACUUUGAAGAGAAGAAUUAAUUUAUUACAUUAACUUCAAGUUAAUGU